AUGGCGGACGACGAGGUGCACCAAGGCCUGUCAGCGGCAAGAGCACAUGAGAUGAUGGAGAUGGCAAAGGCGCAGAAAACAGGAACACAGCUGCGACAGACCAGCGUCAAGGCCACAGGACUCCUGGACAACCUCAAGUCGACGCUCAUUCACAUGGCAGACAUGAAGAGAGCCGCAAAGUACUGUAAAUCGAUCGAUCAUUUGCAGUCCGAGGCCAAGCUUCCGCGGUUCGUCAUUGGAGUUCUUGGCGACACAGGUACCGGCAAGAGUUCUCUCAUCAAUGCAGUUCUGGACGAGGAGCGUGUAGUUCCUACCAAUUGCAUGCAUUCUUACAACACCGAAGAGGAUGCAGGAAAGAAGUACAGAGCGAAAAUCGACUUCUUGUCGCGGGCCGAGUGGACCCAGGAGCUCUUGCAGCUUCACCGAGACAUCCUCGAUGACAACGGAAAGAUCUCCAAGGAUACCAGAGACGAGAGCAGUGAUGCCGGUACAGCCUAUGCCAUCAUUCGCUCUGUGUAUCCUGACUUGACUCCCGAAGAGCUGGAACAAACUCAUCCAACCGCUCUUGCUAGUCGCCCGGUUUUGCAACCUGUCCUAGGAAAAACCAUGACGAUUGAGGAGAAGACGUGUGACGUUUUCUACGACAAAGUCCAGGCUUACGUCGAUUCCGAGGACAAUGGCAACUCCCAGGUCCCGACCAUUGCAUACUGGCCGCUUGUGAGGGCUGUUCGGAUCUUCUUGAAGUCAAAGGUUUUGUCGACUGGUGUCGUUCUCGUCGAUUUGCCAGGAAGUCGCGAUUCCAACAGCGCGAGAGCAGCAGUUGCUGCCAAGUACACCAAAGAGUGUACAAGACUCUCGAUCAUUGCGCCGAUCACUCGAGCUGUCAACGAUAGGACGGCCAAGACGUUGCUCGGUCAGCACUUUAGACAGCAGCUGAAGUUCGACGGUUCAUACUCCAAUAUCACGUUCAUCUGCACGAAGGCCGAUGAUGUUGCCCUUGACGAGGCAGCCGAGACUCUUGGCAUCAGAGACACUAUUCAAGAGAUGCAUCGUCGCUGGAAGGAAAUCAAGCCGGAGAUCAACGCCACGAAGAAGAAUCUCAAGAAAUUGGAGGCGCACAAGUCGAACCUUCACGCCGAGAUCAGCGUUGCGGGCAACGAAAUCGACAACUGGCAUGGCAUCUACAACAAGGCUACGAGCGGAGAACGUGUAUUUGCUCCGUUCGAGUCCCCUAGAAAGCGCAAGCGCCAUACAGAAGAUGAAGUCCGAAAGAAGGUCAAGAAGGAGGUCGAGUACAGCGAUACAGAAGAGUCCAACGACGAGUCGGACGAAGAAAUGCCGUCUCAGCAAGACGACCAUCGUGAACCCUUGACCGCGGAAAUGGCUGGCGCCAAACUUCAGGAGCUCAAGGACAUGAAAAAGUCCCUCAGAGAUGAGAAGAAAGAGGUUAGCAAGGAAGUGAGCAAGCUGAAAUCUGCCAUCGCCGAUCUCACCGCCGAGAGAUCGAAGGUGAACACGGAGAUGCAUCGGCUGUGCAUCCAAGGACGCAACAAGUACUCGCGAGAGGAAAUCCAGAAGGAUUUCGCUUUCGGUCUCAAAGAGCUGGACGACGAGCUGCUUGCCGAGCAAGCUCAGAGCGACGGACAACCGCCCGAGGUUGCUGAUAUUGACUACGAGAGAAUCGGACGGGACCUGCCGGUCUAUUGCAUUAGCAGCCGAAGCUACCAACAGCUUCGAGGCCGCAUGAAGAAGGAUAGACGUGUCGCCGGGUUCACUACCCUCGAGGAGACCGAGGUUCCAGGCCUCCAAAGGCACACGCUUGAGUUUGCAGCAGCUAUUCAAGAUGGCUACUUUAAGAGUCCUUUGAACGAAAUCUGUCGCUUGCUCAGAGGCAUAGACUUGUUUCUCGCUGGCGACGAAGCCACGCUCAAGAUGUCGGAUGCUGAACGACAGGAGGAGUGCAAGUUUCUCGAGAAAGCUGUGGGAAAGCUGAGGAAGACUCUCGAGGAGUCUGUAGCGAGCUGCAUGCAGGACUGCGAAACGUCUGCCACGAAGGUGCUCAAGCGAUUGCCAAAGGCUGCUAGCAAAGGUUCUGCUGCGGCCGUGGCCAUGGCGAAGUCCUGGAGCGCAUCUCCCGAUGCCGGUGGUCUGCGGUUUCCCACAUACCGCGCCACUUGUCGUCGCCGUGGUGUGUUCAAGGGUGCUGCUGGUCCUCGUGACUUCAACGAAGACCUUCUGAAGGCUAUGAAGAAUAUCUAUGCCCAGUCCUGGGACCAGUCUUUCAAUAAGCGCUUCCCGGAGCUCCUGGACAACCUUGCUCUUACCUGUGAUCGCAUGAUCGGCGCCUUUCAAGCUCGCAUGAAGGGUCGACGCUUUUUGACUGACAACACCGACUUGGUCCAAUCCAUUCUCACAAAGCACGUUGCUGCCAUGAAGGAAACCCAGAUCCACAUUGCGAAGCAGCACAAGCAAUUCGCCCAGGAGCAUCAGCGAGGUGCCAACCGUAUGCUGUAUCCGGCCAUUGAAGGCGCCCUGCGAGGUACCUACGGAUACUGUGCUCAAGUAAAGGGUGGCGGUGCACUCAUCACCAUUCGCAGUACCAUGGAGAAGGAAAUCGAGAAGAAGCGGGCGACAAUGUUCUAUGACGCUGCCAGCGACGCCGAUAGUGCAGUGCACACUCUUCUUGAAGGCUUGGAUGAGAUGGUGCGCCGCAACGUCACCACCGUGAUCAACAUCAUCGAGCAGGACUACACCAGUCUUAUCGGCACUGUUGCUACCGAGGCGGACAAGCGUGACCGGAAGAUGUUGGCUCCCGUCAUGAACGUGUUCUACCAGGAGUUGCUUGUGGCCCUGAGCGAGCCCGACGAUGACGAUAAGGGAGGCGAAGAGAUUGUCAUCGACAACAAGAAUGUCGACGAGGACGAGGAUGACGACGGCGAUGGUUCCUAUCACGACAGUGACUAA